UUCUCACUCGUGCGUGGUGACCAUGGAGACGUCCCGGAGUUUUUUUUUAGGAGAAUGUCAUUUCCAAACUCAGUGUGCAGCGAAGGAUGCUUUUUCAAUUAACGCACUGAGGAGAUUGGACACAGAUGGAUUGUGUUAAUACGCUCCGCGAUGAACUAAUGGGAGUGUUGACUACCAACUGAGAAGACGCAGAAGUUGUCUUAAUUCUCUGCUUUGGAGACAGUUCGGACACUUAAGCGACUAAAACAAUCAGAAAGGACGGAACGCAGAAAUCAAUUAGAAAACCAUGCACUGUUCAUAUCCAUGGAGAGAUGGCAUGCGUGCUCCUCUUCAAUCGACUUCAUCCCUUCUCACACCGGCUCACGAGAACAUCCAUUUGCUUAUUAUCGCUUUUUCUCUCUUAUCUGUGCUACUGUGCACUGUUCCCUGCCGAUACCAUCAUGCACAAGUCAGGUGAUCCGACACCCAGCUGUCAGCGCGUCCUGGCCGAUGGAGCCAAAAGGCGCAUUCAGAAAACACCUUCAUGCGUUUUGCCUUUGGAUGCGAGACCGAUCAACGUCGAGAUUUCUCGGCUGAAAUCCGACCAAAGACCUCCGUCAAUUCUCCACAUCGACACCCCCAGUCCUCCCAUGGGUAACUUAAAGUUUGGGAAUAAAAAGUUACCAAACGCUAUUAUUGUUGGUGUGAAAAAGGGAGGCACCAGAGCUGUCCUGGAGUUCAUAAGGAUUCAUCCGGACGUGCGAGCAGCUGGCACCGAGACACACUUCUUCGACCGGAACUAUGACAGAGGUCUGGAGUGGUACAGAGGUUUAAUGCCAAGGACUCUUGAAAGCCAAAUCACAAUGGAGAAGACACCGAGCUACUUUGUGACAAAGGAGACGCCGCACCGGAUCUCCGCCAUGUCCCGGGACACCAAGCUCAUCGUGGUGGUGCGGGACCCCGUCACCCGUGCAAUAUCAGACUACACUCAGACUUUGACCAAAUCUCCCGACCUGCCGAGCUUCCAGGACCUGGCCUUCAGGAACCAGAGCCUGGGCAUUGUGGACACAUCGUGGAACGCCAUUCGCAUCGGCCUGUACGCUCUGCACCUCGAAAACUGGCUCCGCUACUUCCCUCUGGCUCAGAUCCACUUUGUGAGUGGGGAGCGUCUUAUCACAGACCCUGCAGGGGAGUUGGCACGAGUGCAAGACUUCCUUGGGUUAAAGCGCAUUGUCACAGACAAACACUUCUACUUCAACCGCACCAAGGGCUUCCCCUGCCUGAAGAAGCCGGAGAGCAGCGGCUCGCCUCGCUGCCUGGGCAAGUCCAAGGGCAGGACUCAUGUGCAGAUAGACAGAGAUGCUAUUGAGCAGCUGCGGGACUUCUAUAGACCUUACAACAUUAAGUUUUAUGAAAUGGUGGGUCAUGACUUCAAGUGGGAGUAGAGGUUGGAGUGAUAUUUUUAAAUGGAAGGAGAAAGAUUUAUGUAUUUCACAAAUUCAAAAAUAGGAUGCCUGCAUUGAUAUUACAUGGCUAAGGCGAAUAGAGAAAUAUCAGCACUCUCCUGAAAUGUUAAGAGUGAAACUGAAAAGCAGUACUAUUUUUCAAAGUGAGACGUAAUAAAUAUAGGAAUAUCUACGACGACAUUGCUUUUGCACUUGUGAUGAUCAGUUACCAGCCAGCGUCAACAUCCUCCCAAAUAUAGCCCUCAUUUCAGCUUCAGGAUCACAGCAUUUCUUUUCCUGCAUUAUUGCUGACUAGAUCCCCCAUUUGCUGACUGGUUUAUAAAAAAAAGGACAUUCCAGGGAAUGGGAUUAGUUCUUCUUAAAACCUGCUUCACUAAUCAAGGCAGGGCUUGAAAGCAAGACCUUGGGAAAUGUCAGCAAAGUCUUCAGGGAGAGGAGAAAUAAGCUGCAGCACUGUGGUGGUAAAUCUGAAAUGUAAAGCCAUAACGCAAGUGGGAGUCAUCUAAUAUCACUUACUGUUGGUCUCAUCAGUUUCUAUACAGAGGGGAAGGGUUUCUGUCUCCUUAUUUCCAGCAUGAAUCCUGUAAGUUAGUACAUGCAGCGCUUCACUUUGUUCUCUGUGCUUUAUUUGCCAAAUCCAUGUUUAUAUUUUUGUUACCAAAGUACUUAAUCACAUGCCUUAGCCACAAUGCUUGUCCAUGAACCUAAUUAAAAGAAACAGA